ACUGCGUUUUACUCGAUUUUCAAAGAAUUGUAAGUUUCGAGUACACUAACAACAGGCGGCACAAAUUGCAAUAAAUUUACUUUCGUGUACGGCUGUGCUGUUGCAAAUGCGAAAAACUGAAACUAUGAGUUCGCUUAUUUGCGAAGAAAUGAAAGUGACGGCUGUGCCCGUUUAGUUUCAUUUUGUUGCGUGUAUGUGUAGUAAACGAUGUAACACAGUGUGACUGAUGGAAGUGGGGGUAUUGAGUCUCUGCAUUUUUGAUGUGCUUCUAAAAACAAAAUCACGUUAAAAGAAACUUGCAGCCUCUCAUUGUUGAUUAUUGACUGUUAUUCUUUUAAAUUUUCUGCAUGACAUGUCUAAACGUCAAUACGUAAUUGUAUUAUGAAUCGUACCGAUGUCUCGACUAUAUUAAAUAUUAUGUUACAACACGUGUACAAUUAUUACUGACUGUUUAAUAAGAUUAUUUUUAAUGAAAAUUAUGGCUCAUUCUACACAGGACACGAAUAUAAGCAGUUCUUUUACCUUGAUUGACAAUUUAUUAAACGAUAAUUCAUUGACUAAUAAAUAUUAUCAUUCUAAUAUAUCAUGAGAGUUUAGAAAAAGAAAUAAUAAUGGAUGAAAAGGAUGAGAUAGAUUUAAUAUGGAUACGCAAUAGUCCUAUCAAUGUUUCAAAGAAAUAUGAAAAUCAAGAACAUGAGGAUAAUAGCCUCGUUGAUGUUAAAUCACCUGAAAAUAUAUUUCCAUGGCUCAGUAAAUUUAAUAAAAUAAUGUGUUCAUCUGUGGGACAUAGAAAUUACCAAUUGUUAAAACAUUUACUUUUCCUUUACACACAAAAUAUUUUAACCAGUAUAAAUACAUAUCGUGAAAAGACACCAGAUAUGAUAAAAUUAAAAACUCAUCUACGUAACACACUAAUAUUUUUUCAUCUUUACUGGAAUGAUAUUAAAGAGCAUGUUAGUGAUUGCAACUUAUAUUUAAGUGAGAUGUCAGUGAUAUUGGGAAUAUAUAUAGAUAUAGAACUCAAAACUUCUAAACACACUAUGGAUUCUUCUAAACUUGCUUCAAAACUUCUUUCAGCAUUAUGGAUAUAUUUAAGUAAUUCAGAAAAGCAUAUUUUCAGAGUGCUGCUUAAACUAAAGUUUACUACUAAGAAAUAUGCAAAAGUUUGUGACCUUAUAUUUAUGAAAAGUUUUGCUAAUAUUACAAAGAAUGUAGAUUCUUUGACAGAUGUAGAUUAUGUCAGGUAUUUGCUUUUUUUGAAAGUAUGGAAAAGGAUAAAAGAAACUGUUGAAGAGAAAAGGCAAUUGAAUAAGAAGGCUCUAACGAUAUUAGGUCCAUGUAUUCCAAAAAUGCGUGACGAAUUAUUAAACAUUAUACCUAAAGCACCCACAGGGCUUGAAAAUGAGACUAUUUGGCUAUUGCAAUCAAAUGCAUUUGACUUAAAAACUGCAUGCAAUAAUUUUUUAGUAUUUGAAGAAACAAUGUUUGCUGAAUUUAAAGAAACUCCCUUAACAAGAACUUCCGAGCUGAAUUUCCAAUUAUCACAGAAUUUGUCAUAUGAUGUACACAAAUUUUUUGCAAGUUAUGAAUUGAAGAAAAGUCAUAUAGGUAACUUAGAAAAUAAUUAUUCUUUUGAAGAGAACAUGAAAAACAGUAAAAUUAGCAGUCAACCACUUUCUUUACCAAGAAAAAGAAACAAAUUUGAGAAGUAUAAAAAGACAUCGAAAUUAAAACCUGGAGAGGUAAUUUUAAUUAAUUUAGCUGAGGAAGAUGAAUUAGGAAUUGAUAAAAAGAAAAAGAAGAAAAGGUGUCAAAGAAAUUUAGAGUGGUUAAAAAUGGCAAAGAAAAAAUAUAAAGUGCAGAAACAAAUUGAUGAAAUAAAAUAUAGAGAUCAAAUAGAAAUUGCCGAUGUUUGUAGUGCAGAUGACUUUAAAAAUUGUUCUAAUAACAUUCUUCUAGGAGAUUUACCAAUUUUAGACAAUAAAGUUAGUGAAAGUACAGCAAGUUGUACUUCAACUGAACAAAAAUCAGUUCAAAAUAAUAUUGAUAAUUUGGAAAAUAUACUUAAUCGUAUAUUCGAUAAGAGAAAUACUGAAUUGAAAUGUAUGUUUCAACAUAGGUGGUGUGAUACAUGUACUUCAUCAAUAAAACAAACUGAUGUGCAAUGCAGUAAAAUUCUAUAUUUACUGAAAUUUCUAAGCACUGUGGGACAAAAUACUAAAGAACCAAAAGCCAUAUUAAAUCUACUGAGAGAAAGUAGGGAUGAAAAUAUGUCUUCUGAACAUAGUUUUUCUUUUAGAAACACAGCUAAUGAAUCUAAUGAAAUAGAUACUCAGGGUAAAGAAUUGUUUUCUCAGCUAAAAAGUUCCAUAAAGACAAUAUUUUUGUCAAGCGAGUGCCAAAAUAAUAUUACAAAUGUACAAUCUAUGAAACAACAAUUGCCAAUAAAUACAGAUUGUAAUGUGAUAGAAGAAAAUACUUAUUGCCAAACUGAAUCUGCUUAUGUACAAAAUGAUGAUCAUUUACAUAAUUUACGAUCUAUGAGUGAUCAUAAUUCGCAAGUGGUAGAGACCAUGAAAAAGAACAUUGUUCAGGAAAUUCAUGAAUGUACAGGAUGCUGUAAGAAGAUUGAGGUAAAACCUUUCUCCUAUCAUAACGAUAGUAUAUUUAAUACAAUAAAGAAUGAAGAUGUAACACAUAAUACAAUAGAUAAUAAUACCAUCGAUAAAACAACAAUUUGUGACAAAAAUAUAAUGUGUAUGCUAAGUGAUCUUGACAAAUGUAUGGACGUUUUAAAUCGUAUUGGUGAACAUAUUAUGACCAUUUAUGCAGAAAAACAGCGCCUAGAAUGUUUAAACAAAAUAGACAUAUGUACUGUUUCUACUACAGUUUUGGGAAAUCAGUGUGCAGAAUCAUCCUCAUCAUCGUCAUCGUUGUCGUCAUCGUCAGAUUGGUUACAAAAUAUUAAUUCAUUAACAAAUACAGAAAAACUUAGUAAGAUUUUGGAACUAUAUGGAAAAAAGGACUUAUUGAAUGUAUGUGACUGUCAAAAUCUUCAUUUUUUAAAUGAAUUUCAUAAAUCAAUCCCUCAAUCAAAAGAAUAUCAUUCUUAUGGAAAAAAUAAUAUUUUUUCUGGAAGCAAACCAUCUUCAAACCUUAUCUGUAACCAUAUAAAAUCCGAAUUUGAACAACCUAUUAAGAAAGAAAAUAAAAAUCUUGAAAUUCUAAAACAUAAUAUACAAGACACAGAUCAACAUAAAAUUAAUGUACUAACAAAUAAUCAAACUUGUGACAUAUCUUUUACACAUAAUCUGGAAAAUACUAAAGAAUCAAAUCAAGAUAUGCAUUGGGAAUCUACGUUACAAAAUUUGUCACAAGAAGCUGAUAUAGAAGAAUCACGUUCCAUAGGGGAAUUUGAAAAUAUCACUAUCUUUGAUAGUAUCCUGUAUGGCGAUGAACAAGAAACUAUUGAAGACGAACAAAAAAUUUGGGGAGAUUUAAAAUCACCAUUAAUCUAUGAUAAUUCGGAUAGUGUAUUACAUUGCAUUACAGAAUUUUUUUCACAGCCUGAACAUUUGCAUACCAAUGAAAUGGAAGAAAAGUACAUAUUGUCAGAUGCAGAAGAUUCUCAAACAUUAUUAUCUGAAGGCAGCUUUGGAAGAACUGGAAUAUUAAAUUUUUUAUUUGAUUUUUAUUUAACAAAUAUGGACUCUCCUUCGAAUAAUUUUAUGUAUUCAAACAUACAAGCAGUUAAUCCUCGGUUGAUUGAGAAAUCUUUUGAAGAAAAGACAGCUGAAAGAAAUGAUUUAGAAAAUACACUUUCACAAGAGGAUAAGGAAUUGUGUAGUAAUCAAAAUCAUUCUGUUAAUAAUAGCGUGGAUAUGAUUGGAUUUGAAUUGGACACAAGUAGAGAAGAAGUGCUUGAAAUUCUUCCAGUAAUUAAAAGUACACCUUCAUUGUCUGGUCAAUCAAUUACUUUAGUUAAUUCAGAUAGCAUACUUUCUGAAGAGAAAGAAUCGUUUCCUAAAUGCAGUCUUUCUAGUCCUACUGAUAAGUUUAAUGUUGGUAGUCUUAAAGAAACAUUUUAUAUUUUUCAAAAGGAAGAUACUAUUAAUCAAACCCAAUCAUUCAAUGAUAAAAAAAAUGAAGAUUUACCUGAAAUUUGUAUUUCCAACAACAUUCCAUCAGAUGAAUCUAUGAAUUAUAUAUUAAAUCAACAAGAGAAUGAUAUUCAUUCAUUACAAAAGUAUACAUGUGUAGAACUUGAAACUAGUCCUUUAGUAAUAAAAGAAUCUUUAGAUUCUUGUGAUUUAUUGUCUUCCACAGAUUUAAUAUCAUGUAAUACUGAUACAACACUGCAGCGCAUUGAACAAACAGAUGAAAGUUCUUUAAGACAAAAAAAUUCUCAGGAAAACAUGCAAUACAAUUGUGAAGAAAAACAAAAUCCUAUUAUGAAAUGUAGAACAGAAAUUAGUGGUCAUCUACAAUCUAGAUCACCUAAACAGAUAUUAAAAUGUAAAAAGAAAAUUAAAACAAAGAAAAAAGAAAAGCAAUUAUCUUCAUCUAUUGUUCAAUCUAAUCAGAAUGAAUUGAGUUUAAGAUGUUCACAAAUUACUAUUGUUAAUCCUUUGGAUUAUGAAGAUGUGCAAAAUACAUGUGAAUCAUCGCUAUCAACAUUUCACAUGUCAUAUUGUCAAACAUCACCUAAAAAUGGAAAGAAACAACUAAAUUGUGCAAAUGUUCAACAAUCGAAGCGUAUGUCUCAACAGAAGCAACAAAUAGUAUUAAAUUUUCAUGAAGAUUCCAUGGUUAAUUCAAUCUACAAGGAAGAUUCUAAAUUACAAAAUCUCCAGUGCGUCAUGGAAGAUAAUAUCUCGGAAGAUUCAAGAAUGUUAAAUGUACCAGAAAAAUCAUAUGCAACUGAAGAUAACACUCAUUUCAAAAUAUCAAAAAGAAAUAUGAACAUCGAUACUAAUAUUACAAAAGCAAAUUUUAUAACAGAUAACGACAUAACUGAAUUUUCAAAUAAUAUAAAGUCUGCUAAGUGGAUAUCACAGAAUAUAAAUGUACAGCCAUCAAAUUCUAUUAAAGAACAAGCAAUUUUAGAUGAAGAUAUACCUUUGAAGAAAAGAAAAUUAACUUCAACAUUUUCAUCAACUGUAAACACAAAUACAAGUGUUAGUUCUGUAAAUCAGCAAAAAAUGCAAAGAAAGCAUUAUGUUUCUACUAAGAAAGGUAACUAUAUGUUUUCCUUGAAAUAUGAGUCCAUUUUCAAUAUAGUUAUAGAAUAUUAUUUUGAAUAAAUAAAUAAAAUGUCUUAUAGCUAAAUACUAUCAUAAAAUGAUUGUAUUAUAUAAGAAAAUUUAUAUGUAUAUUUUACAUCUUAUAUACGUAUCCAAUAGGAGUACUAAAAACACAUAAUGAUAGUUCUUUCAAAUAAAAGUCAUCAUACUUAUUUUAAUAUUUACAUAUUAAAUUUCGAAACAAAGACAAAAUUAAUAAUUUUCCACAUGGAAGAUCAACAUUGGAAGAUAUUUUAGUACUUUUAGUGUUUCAUAAAUUCAUCAUAAUUAAAAUUCUUUGCAUAAACAAAAAUGCAAUUAUAAGCAUAAAGAAGAAUAAAGUUUGUGGUAAUUUGUAACUCAA